CGGACAUUCCCCUUCCUCCUUACUGUCUGCUUUCUCCUCAACAAAAACCUGCAAAAAAAAAAGCUCACAAUCUUUUUCUGGUGGAGUAAAUUCCCCCUCCACCACAAAAAGAUUCAAUAAAAAAAAAAAAAAAUUCAGAAUGUCCCUUUUCAAUCCCAUCUUCCUCCUCCUUCUCCUCCUCCCCUCCGGCGCCCCUUCCCCCGCCCCCAGAGGGUAUCUCAUCAAUUGCGGGGGGGACAAGAAGGUGGCCGUGGGGAAGCUCGAGUACAUCACCGACGAGGGUUUCACCUCCGUCGGCAACGCCUCGAAGCUCGCCGAUCCGAAACUGGUGCCGACAUUGUCGACAUUGCGGUACUUUCCCGACAAUUCGGCCCGGAAGUACUGCUUCGCGAUUCCGGUUGUGAAGGGCGGGAAGUAUCUGGUGCGGACGACGUACUACUACGGCGGAUUCGACGGCGGGAAGGAGCCGCCGGUGUUCGACCAGAUUGUGGAGGGCACCAAAUGGAGCACCGUGAACACGACAGAGGAUUUCGCGAAUGGGCUGUCGUCGUACUACGAGUUGGUGGUGGUGGCGAUGGGGAAGAUGAUGAGCGUGUGCUUGGCCAGGAACCAGCACACGGCUGCCAGUUCCAGCCCCUUCAUCUCGGCUCUGGAGUUGGAGUAUUUGGAGGACUCUGUUUAUAACACCACCGAUUUCAAGAACUAUGCCCUCAGCACCGUUGCCAGAAGCAGCUUUGGACAGGAUUUCGAUAUGAUUGGCUAUCCAGAUGAUCCAUUCAACCGGCUAUGGCACCCAUUCGUUGACGAAAACCCGUUGGUAACAAGCCAUGCCAACGUUACUACCUCUAAUUUUUGGAAUCUCCCACCAUCGAAGGCAUUUAAUACCGCCAUGACGACGAGCCGUGGCAAGACACUCAAAGUCAACUGGCCUCCAUUCCCUCUUCCAGCAGCCUACUACUACAUCUCAUUCUACUUUCAGGACAAUCGGUCUCCGAGUCCAUAUAGCUGGAGGGUCUUCAGUGUUUCAGUGAACGGCAAGAAUUUCUUUUCAAACCUCAAUGUCUCUGCUAAUGGCGUGUCGGUUUACAGUGCGAAAUGGCCUUUAUCCGGACAGACCCUCAUAGAACUAACUCCUGGAGAUGACAUUCCUGUUGGCCCUGUAAUUAAUGCUGCUGAGAUUCUUCAGGUUUUUCCUCGUGGUGGAAGGACAUUAACUAGAGAUGUGAUGGCAAUGGAGGAAUUGGCAAGAAGCUUCAAUAACCCGCCCCAUGAUUGGAGCGGUGACCCUUGCUUGCCGAAGGAUAAUUCCUGGACCGGAGUUACUUGUUCUGGGGGAAAUCUUGCUCGAGUUGUCACUUUGAACUUGACAAACUUUGGGUUAUCUGGCACACUUCCUCCAAGCAUAAACAAUUUAACUGCCCUCGCUCAUCUUUGGCUCGGUAGCAACAAACUCUCGGGCUCUAUACCAGAGAUGGGUUCGUUGAAGGAGCUGCAGACUUUGCAUCUGGAGAAAAACCAAUUUGAAGGGCCAAUCCCUCAUUCUCUCUCCCAGCUUCCACAUAUCCGUGAAAUAUUUCUCCAAAAUAACGAUCUGAAGUCGAAAGCUCUCGGAGCACUGCAGAAGCGAGGCAUACACGUCGAGUUGUAGAAUCAAAAAUCCAAAUGGGUACCUGAAAGGAUGGAAGAGAAUAUAUAAAGCUUAGAGUGUAACUUAAAGAUUAAAAAAAAAAGGGGGCUUUGUAAUUGGCAGAGUUUCUGCAAUAAUUGUUGCAGAAUUUGCUGUUAGUAUGAGUAUCAUAUUAUCUCCAUAUUAUCAUCUAA